AUGGAAAGCUCGCUUCGGAACAUCCUCCAUUCCAACGAGCCAAGCUACGAUUCCUCGACGCUCCAUACAGGCCACUUGCCGGCGGCCGUCCAGCAGAACGGCGCCUUCAUCGGCAGCUUGGAGGCUGAAACCGCGCUGACUGAAUCCCGGAAACGUCCUGCCGCGCGGAAAUCAUCCUACCCCCGGAAGAGGGCCAUCCAGGCCUGCCAGAAAUGUCGAGUGCGUCGGACCAAAUGCAACAACGCACGGCCGUCGUGCUCCUCCUGUCUGUCCAUUGGUGCAGAAUGCACGUACUCUGAAGGAGACCAUUCAACCUUCGAUUCCGCGAGUCUGGCAAUCUUGGACAAGUUGAACACCCUCGAAGAGCUGUUGCGAGCAGGAAACGGCCAAGCCCAGAUCGCGGCAGCUGUCUCCAGCACGGUCGCGGACAGUCCUAGCCGGGGGGUCUUGUCCCGGCUGAAGUCGCUGAACUCGCCGAGCCUGGAACGGUCCAAGGAUGCCGCGCCUUGUCAUAUGAACAUCGAAGGCGUCUUGUCCUGGUCUGUGUUCGACGAUGUGAGCCCCAAUCUGGAUCUGAAAGGACUCCUCAACUCGAGCCAUGGCGCCAACCAGAAUCUGUCCAUGGCCGCCGAGUUCGAUGAGCAGGUGGCCGAGGAGGAACUGGUUGCCCAUUUCAUGAACAACGUCUUCAUCUACAACCCGGUGCUCGAGGAGGCCAAAAUUCAACGUUACAUGCGUGAUGCCCGGUUCAAUGGGAUCGGGUGGGAUGCACAGUCGUGUCUGCUGCUUUUGAUCUACGCUCACGGAUCCAUUGGCCCAUUUGACGCAGGUCCUCAACAGGAUGCCUCGUCGUUUCGCGCGUCUCCUCAAUUCCGGCAGGCAGAGUCAUACUUCUCGGCGGCGCAGAAACGGAUGGGCCAUCUGCUAUGCCGCACAGGUGUUUUGGAAGCACAAUGCUUUUUCCUGGCCGGCGUGUACUUGAUGGCAACCUUGCGCCCGAUGGAGGCAUGGAAGAUGUUUGUCCAGGCACUCGCCUGCUGUCAGGCAUUCUAUACGGAGAAGGAGUCUCCCGAGGUGGACAGGGAAGGCGAGCAACGGCUGCGCGAAAGCAUCUACUGGACUUGCUUCAAGUCCGAGCUGGAGCUGCGCCUCGAACUCAACGUUUCGGAGACGUCGAUCUGGGAUUUGACCUACCCUGCCUUCUUCCCUUCGCCUCCAGAGGGCCUUCGAUCCCAAAGAGAAAUUGUAUGGUAUUUUUAUCUCGCCGAAAUUGCCCUUCGGCGGCUCGGCAACAGGAUCCUCAAUUUCAUCUACGACAGCAAGGCCACAAGCUCAUUGUCCAAUGCCGCCGAGUCCACGCUGGGCUUUGAACAACAAGCUUCAGACUGGAUCCGGUCCUUGCCUCAGGCACUGGAACUCGAUGUACCAUCUGUGGGGGAAGAGAGCGAGUUGCACCAGUCGCUCAAGUUCAUCCUGAAGGGUCACCUGCUCGAUUGCUACGAGAUGAUGUACUGGCCUUUCAUCGUCUCCGCGGUGAACUAUGACACGCCGGAGCGGACGCCUACGAUCUCCAGUGACUCGAUGGACGCCUUUGUCCACAAAGCCCUGGUUGUCUGUGUGGAAAGGAUCGAGAAGAACGAGCAGGGAUUCUUCUACCGCCACCAUGGCACCUGGCUGAUGUUAAGGUCUUGCACACGGAGUGCAUUUGUCCUUCUCGGAGCGGCCAGGCGGGAGAAAUUGACACUGCUCAUGCCAGAUCGGUGGCGGCAGGCUGUGGAAAAGGUCAUGGAGAUGUUGAGGUACUGGAGGCGAGAGAGCCGGGAUGUUGAAGACAGACUGCGGCUUGUUGAGACGUUGCUGGCAGGCCUGUCAUUCACCGAUCCACGUGUUCUGAACAAGGUGGACACGUUUUCCUCAUCGGGGCCAUUGUCAUGA